AUGUCCAAAGCGUGGCGACAAUAUGCUGAUGACAUGUCCAGAGGUGCGCUAGUUAUGAACUGGCAACUGUUUGAUACCUUUGGCAUAUUCCUGGGCUUUACAGCCAAUCUUAUUGUUUCACAGACAGGCGACAACCGAUGGAGAUACGAAGUUGCUUCGGCCGUUAUCCCGACUUUGGUACUUUUGAGUCUGGUAUGGACUAUUCCCGAAUCGCCCCGAUGGCUUCUCAAGAAGGGUCGCUACCAAGAGGCAUUCGCAUCAUUCUGCGAACUCCGCGAAACACCGCUUCAAGCAGCUGCAGAACUGUAUUACGCCAAUGCUCAAAUCCAAGCAGAACUCAAGCUCAUCGGACGAACAGCACGAUGCCGCGAUGUCGAAGUUGUGCAGAACGGCAACUCGCAGAGUAGCGACCACACUCUUGUAAACACCAAGCGCGAGAUAGGACUAGGAUAUAUCCGCCACAACGAGAACAUAGCACACGGUGUCGAAAGACGCACCCCUGCCCUGCGAGCUCCCGUGCAACCACCCCGGCCCUCAUCUGAAUCCGAAAGGGAUGAUGCAUCCCAUAAUACAGCGGUCAAGUUCUGUCUUCCUCUCAAGAACUGUUUGAAGCGUUGCUGGGACGCAAUGGUAUACCGUGAAGAUGACAUGGACUUGGAGGAGUACCAGCGUCGUGCGAAAGCGAGUUUCUACGUUACCCGCGUGUGGCAGCUCUUCAGUGUGCCGAGAAUCAGACGCGCUACAACAGCCGCGCUAGUCGUGAUGAUCACGCAGCAGAUGUUCGCCUUUCAUCACUGCAAGCAAACAUAUAAUGACUCAGAAACGCAGAAUAUCCUCCAAUUCUACUCCACGACCAUCUUCCACGACCCUAAAUCUGAGACCAACUCUCUGGUAGGUCCUGGUCUCAGUCUCGGCUUCGGCCUCGCGAACUUCAUCUUCACGUUUCCUGUUUACCGCUUCAUCGACAAGCGUGGUCGGCGCUUCUUGCUCUUGUCAUCGUACCCGGGGAUGAUAUUUUCGAUGCUCGGCGCAUGCUUCUCAUACUAUAUCAGUAAUGAAACUCGGCGGCUUGUCGUGGUGGUAAUGUUCAUGUUCUUCUUCGUCUUCUUCUACUCCUGGGGCCAAGGACCUGUCCCAUUCGCAUACUCGUCUGAAGUCUUUCCACUUCUCAAUCGCGAAGCAGGCAUGAGUUUUGCUGUAUUUGCCAACUUAUUCGGAGCCGGUAUCCUCGCCCUCAUCGUCCCCCAACUUACGCGCGCCCUCGCAUCUUUCCCCGACCAAUCCGACGAUCACAAAAAAGGCGAGUUGCGCCUGCUAGGCAUAUUCACAGUCCUCAACGUCCUCGCACUCAUCAUGAUAUUCUUCCUUGUCCCCGAGACCGCAGGCGCAACGCUCGGAUCCCAAGAUUCGCACGUCAAUUACAUUUCGCUUGAGGAGCUGAAUUACAUCUUCAACGUCAAGACGCGGGAGCACAUUCGGUACCAGGUCAGGGUCAUGGUGCCGUGGGCGUGGGAUGUGGUGAAAUGGAAAGUGACGGGCAAGGGGGAAAAGCCUGAGGAUCCGUAUCCACUGUAUACGUGGGUGCAAGUUGAGCAGGUCAAUGAGUUGGGCAGGGAGGUCAGUGAGGCGCAUGCAGAGUGA